AUGGACGCCUUAAAGGCCCUCACAUCCAAGCUCAAGAGGGAAGCUCAGGAUGUGGCCGGCCCAAAUAAAUAUAUAAAACGCUCGCAGCUGGAAGAGGCGAGGCUGCAAAAAAUUCGUGAGGAGGAAGCAAAGGAGCGCGAAGAGAAGGAGCGCAAGCGCAAGCUCCAGCUCAACGACGACAACCUCCAAAACUCAAAGGCGCCUAAGCACGACGAUGCACCCCCUGAGAGUCCCACGGUGCUCACAAGGGAGGAAGUCAUCCGCCGGUUGCGAGCCCUGGGGGAGCCUGCGACCCUGUUUGCUGAGUCGGACUUCGACCGUCUGAAACGCCUGCGCAAGGCUGAGGCCGAGAUGGCGGUGAACAUGGAGGACGACAUGGCGGGCGUUGCGGGGAAGGGCAACGCGCUGAUUGAGUUGCAGCGGCAAGCGCAGGAGAAGGCUCGGCUGCGGGCGCUGGGCGGCUCCAAGCCCGCGGAGGGCGGAGGUGCGGGGGGCGCCAAGGGGGGCGCCGGACCUGCCGGUGGUAAGGCUCCUGCGGCGCCGGCGGACAAGGCGGAUGGGGAACAGGCCGACGGCUCCUCCGCAACGGCCGGGGGCCCCUCUGCCGAGGAUGCGACGCUGGAGGCCUUCAAACGUGCCGCGGCGGAGCUGGCCGAGCGCCGCAAAGAGGAGGCCAUGGCGGUAGAGGACCGCAUCGCCAAGUACCUCAAGGCCUGGAUGAGGGAGUGGGAGGAUGAUCUGGAGCACCGGCCUGAUGUAGUCAAGGACAGCAGUUCAGGCAUUCAAGCUACCUUUGCGUACAAGCAAACCGCGCGCAACAUGGAGCCCCUGUACGACAGGCUCCGGAACCGGCAGCUUGCGGACGAGCUGCUGACGGGGCUGUGGAUGAUGGUACAGGCGAUGCGCAACCGCAACUACCUUCAUGCGAACGACAUCUACCUCAAGCUGGCGAUCGGGAACGCGCCGUGGCCCAUCGGUGUCACGAGUGUGGGCAUCCACGAGCGCUCCGCCCGCGAGAAGAUUUCCCACGUCAUGAACACCAACGGCCAGGCGCACAUCAUGAACGACGAGGCCACGCGAAAGUAUUUCCAGUCCAUCAAGCGCCUCAUCACGCAGCUCCAGCGCUUGUACCCCACUGACCCCUCGCGGUCUGUGGACUUCGACCCAGUGCCGGACCCUGGCAAGGGUGUCCAGGGUGAGGGCUGUCCCAAGCUGGCGCUCAUAGAGGCGGAGCGCCGCGGCGAGCUGCCGCUGGCGCUGCCCGCCGCGCCGCACUUCCUCGACCACGACGGCUCGAUACGGGUACCUGAGAAGUGGAGCUCCAUCCUAAACCGAUUCCGGGAAUCAUCACCCAGCCUGGCAGGGCUAGGCGAAGGAAACAGCAGGGAGGGCUCACCGGCACCGGGCGCGAAGCACUGA